AUAUUUCUUUAUUAUUGAAAAGUCUUUUUGCUAGGUGUUUUCUUUCAGCACUUUAAAAAUACUAUUCCACUGCAAUUUGGUUAAUAUUGUUGCUCCUGAAGUUGGCUGGAUGUCUAAUUGUGAUUCAUUAAAGCCCAUCAAUCUUUUGAUUUUUCCUUCAUCUGCUUUUGAGAGGGUCUUUUUGUUUUCAUCUUGCACAGGUUUUACAUGUGCAUGGAGAUGUUUAUCUUUCUUGAGGUUGGUAGGACUUCUGGGACAUGAUAUCUUUUGUCUGUUUCGGAAAAUUCUGUCUUUCAGUAUUUCUUCACAUGUUGCCUCUGCUCUUUUCUCUUUUCUGUCUUUUUGGGGGGGGACUCCUCUUUCACUUGUGUUAGGCCUAACCUCUGUCCUGCAAAUCUUUUACCUACUUGUUAUGUUUUCUAAACUUCUCCUCAGUUCUUCAUUCCAGAUAUUUCUGCUUUCUCUUCAGCUGAGUUCAGUGUGUUCUUAACUUACUCAUUAAGUUCUUAUUUUUAAUGAUUGGAUGUAUCAGUUCUAAUUUAUUUUCAGUGGUUUUUGGUUCUGUGCUGAGAUACUGUCUUAUACUGUCUUUCUGAACACAGUGAGCAUAGUUACUAUAUUAAAGUCUGUGUCUUCUAACUCCAGUAUACGGAGCCCUUGUGGGUCUGUUUCUAUCCUGUCAUUUCUGGUAAUUUUUAGUCACGUUUUCUUGCCUCUACAUGUGUCAUUAUGCACUGCACAUUGUAUUUAAAAAAUUAUUUCUUGACUCAAUUUGAGGCUAAUGUUAUUCUCCAAGGAAUGGAGGAGAGAAGGUUGUUCUGUGAGAUACUUGGUAAAGGUUAAUGACUCUCUGGGCUCACCUUAAUCAGCAUUCAUUGAUGGAGGUGAUUUUAUGCUGAGCUGCAAUCUGUUGAGGAAAAAAAAAGGGGAACCCAGAGACCCUUCGUAGUUGACCCUGACUUUUGGGGUAUUUUCUGUUGGGGUUCCAAGGGUGAGUUGCAUUUCUGUGGCAUCCUCAGCCUUUCUGGUCUUUCUGGACCCCAUUCCUUUCCCUUCCCUUUACGCAGCUGUUGAAAUGCAAUGUGCCCCCUCAGGGACUUUGCUUGGAACCCGGGGAUGCCAUCAGGGAACAGCAGCCUCCGAUCCAUGGUGUGUGUCAUCUUGACACCUCCAUUUGCCUCGAGUCUUCCGGUGGUUCUGACCUUGUAAUUCUUUAUUAUCUCAUGAAUUCUGAUAGUUUGAAGAGGAUUUAUUUAUUUUUGUGUGUUUUGUCUGGCUUUAGUAGUUGUCCUCGAUGGGGAAUGCCAGUUGAAUUCCAGAUUUGCCAUUAAUGAAAGUGGAAGCACUUUACAAUUUACUUUUUGCCUUGUAAUUAUAAAAGCAUUUUUAAUAAGAAUGCUUUUUGUGAGUGCUGUUAUUGAAUUUUUCCCACAGCUUAUUUGUAUCCUGUUUGUUUGGAAAUAUAUUAAUCCCCUGUUGUUUCCCGGGAGGUUUUAGUAGAAUAAAUCAUACCAUUAUGUGGACUUCAUCUCAUAAAUUGGUGUAAUAUAUCUUGACUAGGGAAGCCAUUUGUGGCAUUUAUUAGCUCCUUUCAGUUUGAAACUUUCUAUUUUUCUUUUAGAAAGAAGCUCCUCACUAUGUAAUAUUCUUGACCGCCUGAUCAGGAUGUUUCUUUCUCCCCAGUUCAGCAAGGGUUAAUUUUCUCUUUGACCAUCACGAAAUAGGUCAGUCUGCAGUAUUUUGUGGCUGUUCUGGAAAACAGCUGAAGCGUUGCCACAGCAGCCAGCCAGGCAUGCUGCUGGACAGCUGGUCCCGCAUGGUGAAGAGCCUGAACGUGUUGUCCUCCAUGAACCAGGCAUCCCGUCUCAUCGACGGCAGCGAGCCCUGCUGGCAGUCAUCAGGGUCGCAAGGAAAAGAGCGUGUGAUGGGGCACAGCGGCGGGCACCUUCACACGGGUGGUUUUGCCCUGUACAUUUUCAAAAUGAACUUUGAGCAGCCUGCAAAGUUUUGCUGAUAGCACCUGUCAGUACUCACUUUAUAUUUUAAUUUGUGGAAAUUCCCUGAAUAACCUUAUUGAACUAAAGACAAUCAAUAUUAACCCUUCUGACACCACAGUGUCCCUUCUGAAUGACUGCACAGAGCCUCAUUAGAAAGAAGGCUGCUGGGCUGGAAUCGGCAGCUGCGAUAAGAACCAAAGUGUUUGUGUGGGAUCUGAAUGACAAGGACCAGCUGAGCGGGCUGAAAGGCUCCAAGAUAAAGGUUCCUUCGUUCUCUGAGACACUGUCUGCUUUGAAUGUGGUACAGGUGGCUGGUGGUUCUAAAAGUUUGUUUGCAGUGACUGUGGAAGGGAAGGUGUACGCCUGUGGAGAAGCCACGAAUGGCCGGCUGGGGCUGGGCAUUUCCAGCAGGAUGGUGCCCAUCCCACGGCAGAUGACAGCUCUCAGCAGCUACGUGGUGAAGAAGGUGGCUGUUCACUCAGGUGGCCGGCACGCAACGGCUUUAACUGUCGAUGGAAAAGUGUUUUCGUGGGGUGAAGGUGACGACAGAAAACUUGGACACUUUAGCAGAAUGAACUGUGACAAGCCAAGGCUGAUCGAGGCCCUGAAAACCAAGCGAAUCCGGGAUAUCGCCUGUGGGAGCUCGCACAGCGCGGCCCUCACAUCCAGCGGGGAACUGUACACCUGGGGCCUCGGCGAGUAUGGCCGGCUGGGACAUGGGGAUAAUACGACCCAGCUAACGUCCAAAAUGGUGAAAGUCCUUCUUGGUCACAGAGUAAUCCAGGUUGCAUGUGAGAGUAGAGAUGCACAGACCCUGGCUCUGACCGAUGAAGGUUUGGUAUUUUCCUGGGGUGAUGGUGACUUGGGAAAAUUGGGCCGGGGCGGAAGUGAAGGCUGUAACAUUCCCCAGAACACUGAGAGACUGAAUGGACAGGGGGUGUGCCAGAUUGAGUGUGGAGCUCAGUUCUCCCUGGCGCUCACCGAGUCUGGAGUGGUGUGGACAUGGAGAAAGAGGGAUUACUUCAGGUUGGGCCAUGGCUCUGACGUGCACGUGCGGAAACCGCAGGUGGUGGAAGGGCUGAGAGGGAAGAAGAUCGUGCAUGUGGCCGUCGGGGCCCUGCACUGCCUGGCGGUCACGGACUCGGGGCAGGUGUAUGCUUGGGGUGACAAUGACCGUGGCCAGCAGGGCAAUGGCAUGACCACGGUUAACAGGAAGCCCACACUCGUGCAGGGCUUAGAAGGCCAGAAGAUCACGCGCGUGGCUUGCGGGUCGUCUCACAGUGUGGUGUGGACAACCGUGGAUGUGGCCAUGCCCUCUGUCCACGAGCCCGUCCUCUUCCAGACUGCAAGAGACCCUUUAGGUGCUUCCUAUUUAGGUAACACAGGUUUGUGUCUUCUCUGAGAUUUUUCUGUAGAU